AUGGACUCCUCAAAAUAUAGAAAUUAUAUAUAUGGGGAAGAAAAAUAUCCUCAAUAUAUAAAUAAAAAAAUAUAUGUGAAUGUACCGUUAGAUUCUUAUCCUCACAUAUAUAAUAAUAAAUAUAAUAGCACACAACCUGGAGUAAUACAUAAUAGAAAUAUUGACUAUGAUAACAUGCUUAUGUCAAAUAAUGGAAUUUGUUUUCCUAAUCAUUAUAAUAUGAAUGUUAUUAAGAAGAAUAAUAUAGAAUAUAAAAAUAAUUUAAGAUCUGUAAAGAAGCGAUAUAAUAGUAGGAACAAGAGUUAUAAUAAUGUACGUGAGAUGUAUGUUUAUCCUUCAAGAAUAGAAAAAUGUCGUAAAGAUAAUUUAAACCCUAUUCGUUGUGACAAAAAAAAAAAUAGGUAUAGUUUUCACAUCGGUAAUAAAAAAAAUAAUUUUGAAUUACGUUCUAAUUAUAAAGGAAUACAUAAUAAUCAUCAUAGAUUUCCCCAAAAAAAUAUGGAUGAAAAUAACAAAGAUACUAAAUGUAUAUCAAUAAAAACUGUCAUAAAUAAACCUAAUGUAACUAAAAUACCAUGCAUUAAUUAUCAUACUAAAAAUUAUAAUAUUAAAUUAGGUUGGUGGAACUUUGGAAAACCAUUAAAAAUAUUUUCUAAUAUUGAAAAGUAUAAACAAAAUAUAAAAGAAAAAUAUUAUGAAAAUAGAAAAUUCUGUAAAAAUAUAUCAUCAACAAAUUCAUUAAAUAAAUAUUCCAAUAAAUUUUUAUGUAAUGAAUAUUUUUAUAUUCCAAUCACAGAUAAAAAUUAUUUUAAAAAUAAAUCUUUGUUAAAUAAAAAUUGUAAGAGCUAUCCUGUAAGUGAUUUUCAUAAGGUAAAUUUGAGACCAAUAACAGGAUUUAUACAGUCAUAUAAAAAAGAAAAAGAAAAGAAAAAAAAUGUACAACAAGCCAUUAUAAAAAUAUCCAAAGUUCCAUAUGUUAUUAAUGAUUAUAAAAAAAAAAUGUAUCAACAUAAACAUAUGGAACAUAUAAAGGCAUUAAAUAAAAAACAAAUAAACUUUGAUAUGCCAAAAAAUAUAAAUGAUAAUCCUAAUUUAGAUAAUACAUGUGGUUUUAUGGCAACAAUUUCAAGUAAAUAUAAUGAAGAAAAUAAUUCAAAAGGAGUUAUCAUUACAUGUCAACAAAAUAACAUAAAAAAAAAAAAGUACCAUAUGAAUCAUAAAAAAAAGGAUAAUACAAUAAAAGGUAACAAACAGGUAAAUAUUAAAUUGAACAAUAAUACAUUUGACAAAUAUAAAGAAAAUGGACAUACAUCUCAUUUUAUUAGAGAUGUUAUAACAACAUAUAGAAAAAAAAACCCCAAAAAAAAAAAAAAAAAAAAAAAAAAAAAAAAUCAUUUGGGAAAUAAUACAUUCGAAAAAAAAAAAAAUGAUAAGAAUACAAAUUUAGCUAAUGUCAAGAAAUAUAAAAUAUACUCAAGCUACUCAGAAGAGUCAGGAAACUAUCACAUUACAAGUGAAUCGAAAAUAUCCAAUGGGUCCUUAGAUAAUAUACAUAAAAAAGAACAAUUAUAUCAUACAUAUAAAAAACUAAAUAAUAAAUAUAUGAUUAAUGAACCGAUAAAAAGAUAUAGAAUGAAAAUUAAAACACAUAAAAAAAACCAAAGCAAUGAAGAAAAUGGAAAGUAUAAUGAAAAUGGAAAGUAUAAUGAAAAUAGAAAAUCCAGCUACGAGUCAUCCUAUUAUGAUAAAAAAUAUGUUAUGAAAUGUAAAGAAAUAAAAAACAAUCAAAAGAAUAAGUCAUAUAGUAUAUCAUCCUUAAGUAGUCAAGUUUCAUUAAACAAACAAACAAACAAAAAAAUAGAUCAUGUUAAAAAUAUUCCUCAUAAAAUAAAAGCAAAGAAUUGUCAUAAAUAUAAUAAAUAUCAUGAGUAUCAUAAAUAUAAUAAACAUGAUAAUACAUUAAAAAAGUAUAACAAUAUAAAUGAUCUCCAUAAAUUGAAGCGUCAUUCUGAACAUAAUAUAGAAAGUGAUCAUAAUUCAUAUGCAAAUAGUUUAUAUCAAUCUAAUUAUUUAAAUAAAGAAGAUGUAUAUGAUCAUAAACAGAAUGAAUUACAUCAAAAAGUACCAUCCAGAAUUCACGAUGACAAUUAUAAUAUAGAUGACGAUUCAAAAUAUUUUUCCGAUGAUAAAAUUUUAAAAGAUAAUCAUAUGUAUAAAAUUUAUUGCGAUGAAAAUUAUUCAUGUCAAAAGCAUCAUAAAUAUGAUUCUAAUAAAUUAAAAGGUUAUGGAUAUAAUUAUAAAAAUGUUGAAAAAAAUAAUCCAAAUUAUAAUUUUUAUCGAAAUAACAAAUUAAAAAAUAAGAAAAUACAUGAGAGUAAUUUGUUAGAAAAGGAAUAUGAUGAAUAUUUUCAUGAUAAAUAUUAA